UGGAGGGCCUGUUUCUCCAGUGCCUUACAUCUCACCUUGUCAAGGUGCCUGCUGAGUGAGGAGAGCCAGGACCUCAUACCCUUUGUGUUCAUGAUAACUUCUCUGUGGUACAAUCCUCGUAAGCUCAGCACCCCAAGAUGCGCAUUGUCCCCAGUAAGCUGCAGUUUCUCCUGAUGGGGAUAGUUUGUAUUACAGAGUUUCGUGCUGUACCGUCCGCUCUUCGGAAAGAUCCAAAGUGUGGGCAGAAAGUUCAAGAGACAAAACCAUGGAGUUACCUUAACCUUUUCACUCGGAUUGUUGGGGGAAACCAGGUGAAACAAGGCUCACAUCCAUGGCAGGUUUCCCUGAAACUAAGGCAAAAGCAUUUCUGUGGAGGCACUAUUGUUUCUGCUCAGUGGGUGGUCACGGCAGCUCACUGCAUCUUAGACAGGAACCUAGUCCAGUACUUGAAUGUCACUGCAGGAGAGCAUGAUUUGAGGAUCAGGGAGAAUGGCGAGCAGACACUCCCUGUUAAAUAUGUCAUUAAGCAUCCAAACUUUGACCCCAGAAGGCCGAUGAACUAUGACAUUGCCCUUCUGAAGCUGGAUGGAGCCUUCACCUUCAGUUCAUCAGUUUUGCCAGCAUGUCUUCCUGAUCCUGGUGAAAAGUUUGAAGCAGGAUAUAUCUGCACUGCUUGUGGUUGGGGCCGUUUAAAUGAGAAUGGAGUACUCCCUCAGGUCUUAUAUGAAGUCAAUCUACCAAUCCUAAACAGUAAGGAGUGUUCAAGAGCAUUAUCAACUUUAAAGAAACCCAUCCAAGGUGACACUAUAAUGUGUGCUGGAUUUCCAGAUGGAGGAAAAGAUGCCUGCCAGGGUGACUCGGGAGGCCCUCUCUUGUGUCGACGUAAGCAUGGUGCCUGGACUCUCGCUGGUGUGAUCUCCUGGGGGAUGGGAUGUGCUCGUGGCUGGAUAAGUAACGAGAAGAAGAAACAUUACAACCGAGGAUCUCCAGGAAUAUUCACAGACCUCAGUGCGGUGCUUCCCUGGAUUCAAGAGAACAUGAGUGCUGAUCUGAAAAUGAAAAGCUCCACAGCAUUUUGUAGCAUUCAGGAUGGCAAACUCCCUGACAGUGAAGGACAAUUACAUUUUCCUGGAAGUCCCAACCAGUUCUAUCAAAACCACCAAUUGUGUGUAUGGACUCUAUUUGUACCAGAAGGGAAUUAUAUAUUGCUUCAUUUUUCCCACUUUGAUAUAGAGCCAGAAACGUUUUGUGACUAUGAUUCUUUAUCAGUCUAUUCAAAAGAUGACAGACUUGUUGGGAAAUUCUGUGGAGGAGAUCUUCCAUUACCUAUUUUGAUUGGGUCUAAUAGUGUAAGGCUGAAAUUUGUUUCUGACAACAAGGAUUAUGGAACUGGUUUUUCCAUGACCUACAAAGCUCUUACACCAGAUAUUCUUCCUGAUUCUGGCUGCGAGUCCUUAGCUGUCCUUUUUGAAGAGGGCGUGUUACAAAGUAUGCACUAUCCAGAGCGCUACAGCAACAUGGCAGACUGUCAAUGGAUUAUUUGUGCGCCAGAGGACCAUGUAAUCAAGCUUACAUACCAGUCUUUUGAAGUAGAAGAAAGUGAAGAUUGCUCUUAUGAUGCCGUGACUGUGUAUGAAGAUGUGGGAAAAGAGGAGGAAAUUGCUAAGUCUUGUGGAUUUGCCCUACCAGCACCUGUUCUAAGCUCCUCUGCUGUGAUGCUGGUUGUCUUUCACUCUGAUGAAACAGAGACCUUUGGAGGAUUCAGAGCUACAAUCUCUUUUGUUCAUGUAACAGAUUUAGAUACUUUGGACUCAACUAGUGAAGAAGAAUUUGAAGAUAUGGAUAUGACUGAAGAAGAAAUACAGGUUACAACAGAUGGUAUUUGUGGAGUGCCUUCAAAUCAGCCCAGGUUCAUCUUUAGUAGGAUAAUUGGAGGUGAAGAAGCUGUACCAUACUCGUGGCCUUGGCAGGUCAGUGUACAAAUUUCAGAUGAGCACAUCUGUGGAGGAGCAGUUCUUGCCAAAGAAUGGGUUGUCACAGCUGCUCACUGCUUUAAUUCUAAGGAACUGUACAGAGACUUAUGGAUGGUGGUAACUGGACUUCAUGAUCUUACAGAGCAAGAAUACAGACAGAAAAGGUCAGUAAAGCAGUAUAUUAUACAUCCGAGUUUUAACAAGACCACUAUGGACUCUGAUAUCGCUUUACUGCAACUGGCCGAGCCCUUAGAAUUCAACCACUAUGUGCGCCCAGUGUGCCUCCCAGCCAAGGAGGCAGUUCAGCCCUCGAGGGUGUGCGUUGUCACAGGAUGGGGUGCACAUGAAGAAGACAGGGAAAAGGGGAAAAAACUGCAUCAGCUGGAAGUCCCCAUCCUGGUGCUCGACACAUGUCAGAGCUAUUACAUGAAUCUUCCCAGUAAAGUGACCCAGAGGAUGAUCUGUGCUGGAUUCCCUCUGGAAGAAGGCAAGGACUCAUGCACAGGUGAUUCUGGUGGCCCAUUAGUUUGUCCUUCAGAAGAUAACUCGGCAUUUUACACCCUUCAUGGAAUCACUAGCUGGGGCUUGGGCUGUGGAAGGAAGAGCUACCCGGGAGUAUACACAAAUGUUGGUGGUUUUGUUGACUGGAUCAAGCAGAGUGUUAAUAGUAGUGAUCUCCCCAUUUUCAUGGUGUGACUGUCAAAAGAGCGGUUCUGAUGGACCACAUUGUAAAACACUUCCAAAGCACAAAGGCCACUGAAAGUAAAAUUUGGUGAGAGCGUGUUAGUUCAUGAUUGGUGAACAGAUCCCAAAAUAGCUGAUAUUUAUCCUGGUGAAUUGACUGCUGAUUUAGCUGAAUUGAGACUUUGGCUUUACAUGCGUGUGCUUGGGGCAGACACAAGUUACUUGCAGGCUUCUGACACUCUAUUAAUCUAUCUUAGAAGGGAAGUGAGGGAAAAUAACCACCAUAUACCAUAUGCCAAGCAUGUCCUUGAAUGUAGUGCUGGAGAGUGUAAAAGUACUGCAGAAAUGAGAUUAAGUAAGUGCUUGUGUAAAAUAACUGAAGGGGCAGUCAGUCAUCCUUCCAUUAAGGUGAAUGAGAGUGUUACCUCUGGCUCUGAGAGGACCUAGGCAGUGGCAGUAGUAGUGCAUUCUGAGCAGCAGCAGAACAUUGUCUAGUCAUUAGUGAACUGAAUCAAUCCAAUUGCUGGGAAAGGGAUAUUUUUAAUACAGUUCCUGUUUUAACAAAUUGUGUGUUGUUCAAACGGAUAGAAGUGUUUGAAAAGACAAGUGUUACAGGCCAAGGGCCUUUGGCAGCAUGCAAGAACUGACAGCUAUCCUAAUUAAUCUACACGUGUAAUUAAAGAGGUACUGGGUAAUCCACAUACUGCAAACUGAGCACAUUUACUUGUAAAUAGUAGUUUAACGCCCAAAUGGCUGCUUACACAGUGUUUAGAACCUAGAUUAGUUUAGAAACACUCUCAGUGUUUAGAACCUAGAUCAGUAUGAUAGUACAAUAGGUAACACAAGUAUAAUCCUUCUUUGACUCAGUGGUCCAGAAAAUAACUAGAAAGUAAGAAAGAUAUCUCAUUUUGUUUCUGUUGAUUGUUAAUGGUAAAAAUCUUUAGAGAUAUGUUUCCCAUACAUGCAUUUGAUGCCAGUAACCCUACUUUUUUGACGACAUUAGUUUAGACCACCUGAUUUUUUUUUUUUUAAGAUAUAAUUUUAUUCUGUAGCUGGGGAAAAAAAAAUAAUCUCUCUACCUCUCUCUAGUCGUUCCCAAAUGAAUACAGUAAAAGUUUUUCACCGGUUUCUUUUCUUCACUGUAAAGUUUUAGGCAAAAGCCCACAAAAUAAUCUGGAGCAUGAGCUUUCCGUCAAACUAUGAAAAUACUUCAUGGUGGAAGGACUAUGGACAAAUUCAGAUUAAGUGUGAGGCACAGCUGUGUUACAUUAUUGAUAGAGUAUGCUUGUUCUAUCUUUGAUAAACUCUCUGAAGACACCUUCAGAGAGCAACGGAGGGAAAAUAUCCUUUGUAAUUUUUCAUUAUGGAAGUCUGUUAAUGUUCAGUUAUAGCGGAAGUUGCCAUUAGCUAACUGUAUCAGUUUAACUAUGCUGGGAGCAGAUCUGUCUAAUCACUUGCUUGCUAUUCUGUUUUGCUUAACAGGAACAAGAUGACUUAAAAUACCUGUAAAGUUUUUAUCUGCUUAUUGAUGUAAUACAAGGAUAUCAAGUGGGUGUGUUCAGAAAAAUAAGAAGGUAGGGGGAGAACUACAGGUGGUAUCAGCUAUGCUAGCCCUAUUGAAUGCAGUGGUUAUAUGCUGAUAAAUUGAGAUCUCUUAAAAAAAUUCCUUUCAUAUAUUCAGAAUGCUAUCUUAAAUUAUUUGUACUUGAUUUGAUUGUUAGGGUACUUACUUUUUGCUUGACUGCAUGAUGUUGACCUUUUGUGUUUCUCCUAGUAUGGUUUUACAAGUAGUCUAAUUUUGCUUUUAUUUGUUGUAUCUUUUCAGUCUAUUGUAAGCUGCCAGUAUCUUUUAGCAAUAAUGUGAACUGUUUUGUGAUGGAAAUGAAAUCUGAUUUUAAAAAAAUAAAAAAUUACUUUCAAUGGAGUUCGUGUAAUGGAAUUAUAUUUUAGUUUCUACAAAAUUUAUAUGAAGUCCACUUUAAUUCUUGACAGUUAUAUGAGGCUUUCCUGAACCCUACAGUCAAAAGGUAGGAUACUAGUAGCCUACCUGAGUACUGAGGUAGACUCAGGUUCCCUGCGUGCUUAAAAUCUGGAUAUAAACCUCCUUCUGUUGGCAUGUAAGUAAAAAUAUCUUCUUUGUAACGUUAUAUAGGAGCAAAUGAAGGCUCAUUGCAUUGUUCAUUGGCACUGUGCUAAAUAUUUAG